CCCAUCAUGUGAAUUGGAAAUUUCUUGUCGUCGCCUUGGGCUAAGCCCACUUAUCCCAACCAAACAAUUUGGGCAGAGAUAACGAUUCUGAUACAUGGAUGAAAAUUAAGAAGACAGGGAGAAGAAUCAGAGCCUUGAAUCAAUUAUCUCUGAUUUUAGACUCUUUUUCUGUAUUUACUUAUAUGUUCUUAUGGAGGUCUAUGUUCUAUAAAGACAGGGAAUCGACGAUUGCACCAUAUGGCUUUCUACAGCUCCGACUAUCGUCAUUCUUAUCCUGGUGAGAGUUAUCAAAUUCCCAAUAGAGAAAAUUAUCAUAAUGUUCCAUCGCAAGUCUUAAUGGCUGAUUGCAGUCAUGAAUUUAGCAACCAAAACUUGUUUGAGUACCAUCCUGUUUCUUAUUAUGAUGCCUAUUAUCCCUUUGUGAACCACUCAGUCAUUGCUGAUUUUAGCGAUGAAUUCAGCAACCGAAACUUGUUUGAGUACAAUUGCACUCCUUAUUAUGAUUCUUCUCAUUCUUCUGUGAACCACUCAGCCAUGGCAUACUCUGUAUCCACUUUCUGUGAGCCAAAAUCUAUCGUAUAUGACCUUUACCAUGGUGAUUACAAUUCCGUUUCUCAGUAUACGGUCUCAUACGCUGUCUCAAAUUCUGAGUUAGAUGAUGCUGAGUUUGAAGAAUAUGACCCCACACCUUAUGGUGGAGGCUAUGAUCUUACUCAAACGUAUGGAAAACCCCUUCCGCCCUCAGAUGAAUUAUGUUAUCCUCGUUCGAUGCCAAAUUCAAGUGCUUUGCCUUCAAAUGGUGUCAAUUUUGGAUCCAUAGAAUCUCCUUAUGGGAAGAAAGACGUUGAAGAGUCUGCAGCAAAGCCUCAUAUUGAAAUUAAACGAGCUCCAACGAAUGAAGAUACGCUGCAGGUUAGCAAUGGAGAUCGCCAAAACAUAGAGUACGAAAAUGCUCAUGGCGGUUCCGCAGGAGAAGAUGGUCAUGAUUGUGAAGAUAGCCCUGCCUGGGCUAACCAUGGAAUCGGAUCUAACGGAGGCAAUAGCUACGAAUACGACACGAGAGUGACUCAAAUUCCAUCCGGGUAUGGCUUGGAAGCAAUGGACCUUUGUGAGAGCAUAUUUGGUUACUGGCCUUGUUUAGCUAGGAAUAACAGGAGUAGCCAUGAUUGUCAACAUGUAUGUAAAAAAGAAAGCAGCAGCAACCAGUGGAAAGAGACUGCAGAUUAUCUUUUUGGAAGUUCAAAUACGUAUGCCGAAAGAAGGAAUGGAGAAGAUAGUUACGGAGAACCCAUCUGUAACUAUGAAAGGCAUUAUGAGGAACAAGCUCUUCACAGACAGAUUGAGUAUUAUGAUGAUGAUUCUCAGACGUACAAGUUCAAGAUUUUCUGAUCUGGUCCUUGUAAAAGGUCUAGUGUUUAUUUCUUUAUAACAAUAUUUGGCAUUGCCCAUGGCUUCAAUAUGGAAAUCAAAGGCUACAUGAUUAGUUAGUAUUAUUAUAAAUUUUAUUAAGACUGCAGAUUACAGGGAACAAUGCAGAAUAUGCCACUUCUUACAUGAUUAUAAUUGCUCAAUAACUUCUUUUUUCA